CGUUGUGCUCUGCUCCCGCCGGAGCUGAUGACCCAGGUCUACUGGUUUCGAAUGGGAUGAACGCGGAGAGGCGAUGCAACGCAGUACUAGUUCAAAUCCGUCUCGUACUAUGAAUGGUGCUGGCAGAGGCGGUUACUUUGGUAUUGCAUCCACACAGGCCUUUCUUCGCAUAAGCGGCAGACAAGAUGAUAGCUACCCACUUCCAGUGAGUACGCAGGCAUCAAACAAUAAAAACCCCCAGAUGCAACCUCCGCUUUUGGGUGAUUACGUAGAUGCUUAUUUCGCGCGUUGUCAUUCCGUCUAUCCUGUGAUACAUGAGUCAACAUUCCGGGCUCAAUUGAUGGAGGUUGUGGACCGACCAUCAAAGGAAGUCUGGCAUAUGCUCCUCUACACGGUUGCAGCCUUGGGAGCAUUCUCGGCAUCUGCGGGACCAACCCAGGUUGAUGUGGCUCUCUUUGACAUGGCGAGAACUAAUUUCUCACACGAGAUGAUGGAAAUGGGAAACAUGGCAUUGGUUCAGGCACUGGCACUAAUGUCAGUCUAUCUACGAAAGAAAUACAAGUUCAAUUCUAGCUACAACUAUCUCGGGCUUGCGAACCGCGUGGCAAUGGGAAUUGGUCUGUACAAGGACUUUUCCUCUUCAUCAGGCGCUCCUUUCUCUCAGGAAAUGCGUCGACGGGUCUGGUGGUGCUUGUACACUUUGAGUCUGGAAGACUCGAUCGCAUAUUCACGACCACAGGACUUUCCCCAGAGUGCAAUAGAAGUUGGAUAUCCGCUUAACAUCCACGACCUGGACCUCAACCCCAACACGACCCCUUUCAUCGCUGAAGCCAACCACACGACUCUAUACUCUGGCCUGAAAUUUGGAGCCGCAUUCUAUUUCACAAUCAGCAAAAUAUACUCCCGCAUCAUUUCCAGCCCGUACCCACGAUCCAGGGAACUAAGCUCAUUUGAUGACACAUCCAUCCGACAUUGGGAAUCGUCGCUGCCUUCAUUCUUCAGCAGAAACGCCAUCCAACCCUCAAAGUACUCUUUCACGCAUGCUCUUCUUCACUGGCGAUGCCUGAACUUCCGACUUCUGAUGUACAGACCAUUCGUGGUCUGGCGUUACAUCAUGCGCCCUCGCAACAAUCCACCCCGAGAUCCUGCUGAUCCCAUCAGCGUCAAUACUGCAAUCACCCGGUGUCUUGAAGUUGCUGAAGAGACCAUCACAAUGAUUGCAGAUUUCUGGGACUCUCGUGAGCAGGAUGCCUUAUCCGCCUGGUAUGGACUCGAUCUCAUUCUUCCUGCAGUUUUGGUAUCUCUUUUGUGUCUGCAUUAUGAUUCCGCAUCGGCGCAGGCAGCUGCAUGGCAGCAGCAGGUCCGGAGAGCAAUGGGUGUGAUUGAUUCAAUGACUACUUUGAACAGUUCUGCUUGUCACUGUCUCGAUAUCAUACACUCUCUUCUGAAUGACUGCGGGCUACUGGAGAGUCAUAUGAAUUCUCCAACCCAGCAGCUUACCGGCAUGCGGGUAGAGAAUCCGCUUUCUACGCAGAUGCCAGAUUUUGACGAUAUUUUCACCCAUGAUGUCUUUCCGGAUUACCAAUUCUGGGAGGAGAUCAAUGACGGAUAGAUGUGCAUUGUUUGCAUGGUAGAACGCAGGGCCGCAUAGGACCAAUGGU